AUGAGCUGUUUUCGGUUCCUUGCUGUCGUUGCUUCCGCGCUUACUUUGGGUGCAGUGCUCUUGUCUUAUCCAAAACCAAGUGCAUUCCCUCCUCCACCUGUGCAAGAAAUUUCACCUAUUACCGGUUUUCCGACAUGGCGGGAACAUAUAAAAGGAUUCGAUUUUCAAACUAACAUAGCGCCAUCACUCUACGCAUUAAUAAUUAACUUUAUAUUAGGCCUAUCGGCCUUAUACUGGACACUUUUCUAUAAGCAGCCAAAAAGCACAGUAUCAUUCUUUCACUAUGACAGCGAAACCGCACCAGCGACACUAUUCAACACGAUAAUCGCCAUAUACAUACUAGUCACAAGUUGGGCCUCGCUCGCUGGUAUAAUUGUUGAUCUUUCAAAGCUCUGGGUACCUGUCGGUGUUAUUCAUAAUGCGGCGGAACUCAUGUUCUUGUGGCUGUUGUUCACGGGCGGGAGAGUAGCUUCGAAUUUUUACUUUCCGGCAAUAGGUAUUUAUAUGAUUACUGUUGUGGCAACUUGUAUGUAUGUUCCGUGGCCUUAUGAUGCUGUUUUCUUUAAAGCGCAAGGUCUCGUUCUUGAUUUUAUGAUUAUUAUCGUAUUCACGCAAAUCAUUCUUGAGACACGUUCACGAUUCAAAGAAGAUGCUGAGAGUCACACGCCAAUUGCUGAUUUAGAAGACGAAGAAGACCGCGAGCGAUUAACUUCUCGUGCUAAACUUUACCCCACGACUGUUGAUCACCCAAAGCAAUUAUACAUAUUGUUAGCUGCGGGUAUCUUUCAUAUUCUUGGUAAUACCAUAAGUACUAUAUUUUCGGACUCGUUUAAAGCUCUACUAUUCUUCCAUACCACAUACUCGAUCAGUUUCCCACUUUACGCAUACUACAUCUAUCUGGAAACACAUUGUCAGAGUAUCAUGCCCCAGAAACGCAUUUAUCUAGUUAGAACGGAAAAAUGGAGACUUAUCACGAUUAUCUUAUUCUGCACGGCUUUUUCGCUCAUUACUAUGCGGUUUCCGAUUAUGAGUGACAUUGAGAAAUCUAAACAUUGA